GGAUCUGUCAGCUGUCAUGUGAGUUACGAGUUUCAGUGUCAAAAUCGCCAGUGAGUAGAGUGACGACAAAAAAAUUUUCAAAUCAAAAUUCCAUGCGAAAGAAAAAGAUUUUCGCAAAAGUUGAUUCACUUGUCAUGCAGCAUCGGCAGAGCUACACAACAAGCUAUUUCCUUGCCAAGUAAAUUCAACGCGAACCACUGUCGUCUCUCAGUGCAGUUCUGUCCACAUCAACACAAAAAUUUCGAGGAAAAAAAAAAAUCGAAAAUUUCGCCGUGAAGAAUUCCUGAAAUUUUCGUCGCGAAUUGCAACAUAAACACAGGACCAUGAAAUGAAUGAAACGAUCAUCGACAUAGCUAAAUCAUCAUAUUUCGAUCGUCAGCUAAUUGGUGCCUAUCGCAGCCACAUUUACUCACUGAUCGUUGAUAACAUAAGAGAAGCACUGGAUCACCUAAUUUUGGUCAUUUUGGCAUACUUGGUGCUAUGCUUCGGCACUUAUCAUCUGAUAUUCCGCCGGUUCGCUAAACGAUUCCAUUUGAUCAAUGACAUUCGCUUGGCACAAUAUCGUCGCGUACUGAUUGUGACCGCCCAUCCGGACGAUGAAUGUAUGUUCUUCGGUCCGACCAUACUGUCGCUGACGCAACGCCGAGAACCGUGCACCGUUUAUUUGCUAUGCUUGUCGAACGGGAACUUUGAACAGUUGGGUAACAUCCGGAAGCACGAACUGUACGAUGCGACGAGGGUGUUACGGUUGAAGGACGAACACAUCACGUUGAUGAAUUCAACGCUUCUGGCCGACGAUCCGAAUUUGAAUUGGAAAACGGAAUUGGUGGCCAAGCAGAUACGGAAGGAAGUGGAAACGUUGGACAUUGAAGCUUUGAUUACGUUCGAUCGGGAUGGUGUCAGCUAUCAUCCGAAUCAUUGUACCAUUUACUAUGCGGCCGCAUCGUUGUGCUUGGCUGGAUAUCUUCCGAAGAACUGCAAAAUUCUUACAUUGGACUCGGUGAACGUGUUACGGAAGUACAUGUCCGUGUUUGAUCUCGUUAUUAGUUUGUUAUUGUCGACCAAUUGGUGCAUUUUGAGUUGGACAAAUGUAAAUAUAGUUCGUAAAGCAAUGCGACAGCAUCGGUCACAGAUGCUGUGGUUCCGCAAAUUGUACAUAGUAUUCUCGCGGUACAUGGUGAUAAAUACGCUGCGUCAGAUCGAUGUAUCGGACAUAGAAUUAGAUAUGCAAAUCAAUGACACAUAGGGCAACGGGAAAAUAUAACCGAAGGAAACCGAGUCAAAAUUUCGUCGUUUUCUUGAUUUUAUUUCAACAGAUUUAUACUAAAAUUCACCAGACGAACGAUGGUUGUCGUACUAAUCAAUCCCGCCAAACGUUCAAAUGCCUCGCUUUACCGGCUUCGGAGCG